AUGUAUUCGAAUACCUUUUACGGCGGCAGCAGCAGCCGCCCUGGCCCGACUGGGUUUGGCCAGCAACAACCACCACCACCACCACCACCACCACCACCACAACAACAACAACAACAACAACAGCCCCAACAGCAGCCUUUCCCCGGAUUCUCUCAACCUCAGCAGCAAAAUCUUCAGCCAGGCGCGUUCAUGCCGCAAGCUACCGGCUUUGCUGGCAGCAAUCCGAUGCAGCAGAUGCAAAUGCCAAUGCAACAGCCACAACCUACCGGCUUUCCGCCUUCGCAUCAGUUUACUGGCUUCCCUCUUCAAAAUCAACAACCCCCAAGUGCAGUCACGGCGGUGACUCAACAGCAGCUGUCAGCGCCUUUGCCAAACCCUCCACAUGAAACAGGCAUGACUUCGACACAGAUUGCACACUCCUUUGCGCAGCCGGCAACUCCAGCUGUUCCGGCGCAACAACACGCUUCUUCAGGCUCCAAGAUUCCGAAUAUGCGCCUUUCUUUCAUCACCGCACAGGACCAGGCGAAAUUCGAGCAGCUUUUCAAAUCAGCUGUGGGGAAUAAUCAGGCGUUGGAUGGAGAAACGGCGAAGGAUCUACUUAUGCGUUCCAAGCUGCCUGGAAGUGAUCUUUCGAAUAUUUGGGUGCUUUCCGAUACCACGAAAUCAGGCCGCCUCCUCUUCCCCGAGUUUGCGUUGGCGAUGUACCUCUGCAAUUUGAAGCUAACUGGCAAGGAGCUUCCAUCUGUCCUUCCCGAGCGCAUUGCGAAUGAAGUCUCCAGUAUGGUCGAUAUCAUAUCCUUCGCUGUCCCAGAUGCUAGACCUGCCCCUCCUCAAACGAAUGUACCGAAAUUUGAUGCUCCGCUGAUGCAGAACGCAUCCGCACCGCCUGCACCGCAGCAACCCCAGCCACAACAGCCAUCCAAUACCCAACUGCUCUCCCAAUUGACCUCCCAGCCCACCGGAUUCUAUAACCAGGCCACUGGUCUUCAACCUCCUUCGAUUGUGCAGCCUCAGCAAACCGGAUUUCCAGCCCAGAAUGCUGGUCUCCGUCCACAACAAACUGGGUUUUUGAGUAACACUCAGCCAACUGGUUAUAACGGACCACGGCCACCUAUGCCGCCUAUGCCUACAGGAUAUGGCUCGGGCCUUUCGCCAUCUCAGACUGGGCUUGCCCCUUUGAACGCUCAGCCAACUGGGGUCCCUGGCCAAUGGGGUUUUGUCAACGCUCCAGCAACUGGAUUGCCGAACAUCGAAGCAUUACAGCAACGAUUGAUGCCUCAGCCGGGACGUGAAGGCGGAUUCACGACGCAAGGCCUAUCCGGGAACGCGACGAUUCCAUGGGCAGUGACCAAGGAUGAAAAGAAGAUCUACGACCAGCUGUUCAGAGCAUGGGAUGGUUUCAAUAAAGGGUUCAUUGGAGGCGACGUGGCGAUCGAAAUCAUGGGUCAGAGUGGCUUGGAACGUCAGGAUCUUGAGCGCAUCUGGACAUUGUCUGAUCCGAACAACCGGGGAAGACUGAACAUGGAUGAAUUUGCCGUCGCAAUGCAUCUGAUAUACCGGAAACUCAACGGAUAUCCUGUGCCAAAUCGUCUCCCGCCCGAACUCAUUCCCCCCUCAACGAGGAAUUUUAACGACUCUAUUGGAACCGUCAAGUCUCUACUGUCCCAGGAUGCGGAGUCUCGCAAGUCUUCUGGUGCAUUUUUACAACCUCAGCAGACUGGUGUUAGUUAUUUGAAGAAUCACUCUUUCCGUAGCGGAUCAUCCACACCUGGUGCUGGGAGGAAAGACGCAACCGUAUUUAAAAAUAAUGAUGAUGCUAUAGGAGAUCGUCGGGAGGCUGAGUCUCUCAUGGAGAGAAUUCGACGUGUUCAGGAUGAUAUCGAUACUGAUCCCAAGGCUGCGUUCCGCAUCACGGAUUCAGGAGCCGAACGCCGUUCCCUGCGAAGACAGCUCCAGUCCUACCAGGACCAACUUCCCGAAUUAGCUUCUAAUGUUCGUAAGGUUGAGCGAAGCAUUGCGGAUGCUAGGCUUGAGUUGUUCCGUCUAAAAGACGCAAAGGCUCACCCCAGUGCUGCCGCUGCGAUUGUUGGAACUGGCCCUGGUGGCACUGUUACAGAGUCUGACCGGAUCAAGGCCCGCGCGCGCGCCAGAAUGCAAGCCAGGGCUGCUGAGCUAGCUGGGAGACCGCCACCAUCUACCGAUGAUGAUGGGGCUGCAGCCCGGCGACUCGAGGAGGAGACAGCGUCUGUUAAGGCUGAGCGGGAGCGGAAUGAUGCUAUGACUAGGGAUGUGGAGGAGAGUGUUAAAGAGUUUACGCGGAGCCUUGAAGAUAGUCUGAAGGAUGUCGAUGAGAAUUCUACGCGUGAGCAUGAAAGGAGGCGGUGGGAAGAGGCUCUGGGCGUUGAGGAUACGAUCAGAGAUUUCAUCUAUGAUCUUCAGCGAGCGAGUAGGACAGCGAGAGUUCGGAAGGACGAGAGAACCGCAUCUUCCCAAAGAUCCGUAUCUAAUAACCGCUAUGAUAAUGUAUCAUCUAACGGUGACACUCUGCCAGUCCGGCCAUCUCAACCCCAAUCCACUGGCUCUCCUUCAUUGGCUGGCCUUACCCAUCAGGAACGUGUGACGUCCGCUAAAGAGCGAGCGCAGAAACGUAUUGCAGAGCGCAUGGCCGCUGCUGGACUCAAGCCAAACUCUGAUGGAAGCGGUGAAACCCUUCUCGAACGCCAGGAACGAGAAAAGCGUGAACGAGAAGAGCGACGAAAACGAGCGGAGGAGGAAGACGCGAAACGGGAACAAGAGAGACAACGACGCAUUGCUGAGGAGCAAAAUGGUCCGCCUGUCAAAGCCGCUACCACUGGCAAGAAACCUCCUCCGCCUCCAUCGCGAAAGGGUAAAGCGGAUGGCGUUAGUCCUGCGGAAACGAGGAAGCUUGGUGAUUUGAAGAAUGCUGCUAGGGAGAAGGCUGAGCAUGAGGGGAAAGAGAGGGCUCUGAGAGAGGAGCAGCUAGCUCAGGAAGCUGAGAGUCGUCGUUUAGAGGCUGAGGCCAGACAACAAGAAGAGGAACUGGCAAGAGAACGCGAAGCUGCCCAGGCCCGUCUCAGGGCAUUAGAGGAGCAGGUUAGACAGGGCAAGAUUAAGAAGCAAGAAGAAAAACGCCGGAAGCAACUUGCUGAAAAGGAAGCUAAAGAGAAGGAGGCACGACUUGCCAUUCAGCGUGCAGAGCUUGAGGCUGCACAGGCUCGGGAGAGAGAGCUACAGCGUCAACUUGAGGGUCUCGAUGAAGAAGAAUCAUCAGAUGAUGAAGGCCCCGUCGAGGUUACUCCACAAAAUAGCACUCCUACACAGAGUGCUGUUUUACCUUCAGCUACUACUACCAUGGCGUCACCUCCGUCUGUCCCACGACCUGCAACACCACCAGCAGCGCCGUUUGAGCCAGAACUAGCGUUUGAGGUCGCUUCUGCUACGAGUACCUCCAUUCCGAGUCCAGAAUCUGUCAAACAGCGUGUAGCGGCUGAUACAGAAUCGAGGAACCCUUACUUCCGUAAAAUGGGUCAGUCGGUAGAUACGCAACCACCUAGCUUCCACACGCCACCAGAACAAAUACCAGAUCCUCUUUCGACAACUGAAGUUGCACCCCCGCCUGCGUCCGCACCCGCACCUCCCAAAACCGAGAUUCAAUCAACAAACCCAUUCCACCGCCUAGCUCAGCAACAGGAGAGCCAAAAAUCCGCCUUCGCUGCCGCGCCUCUCCCUGGUCCUCUAACCCGCAAGUCCCGUGCGCGCCCUGAAGACGAUGAAUGGUCUAUCGCCGAAUCGGAAAACUCUUCUGAUGAUGAUGACGAUAGACCUGCCGGUGGCAGCGCUAAACAUCUAGCCAGCAUCCUCUUUGGCACCAUGGGCCCUCCACGUCCCCUCAGCGCGAUGGAUGAGAAACCGGAGUCUAAAUCUGCUACUCCUGUCCAGGAGAGUCCUACGGUGGCUGCGUCGCCGCCGCCACCACCACCACCACCACCUCCUCCGUCGGAACCUGCUCCAGUCACAACGCUACCACCAGCCGUUGCUGCGCAAGAUGUGGAAGAGGAUGAUGAUGAUGACGAUGAAAAUGACUUCCAAGAUGCGCCUUCAAUGCCUCCACCUCCGCCACCUCCUCCCGUUCCUGCUCCAUUCGCGGAUGCACCACCAACCGCACCCCCUCCACCACCCCCACCAGCGUUCAGCGCAGCUGCACCACCCCCACCUCCCCCUCCGCCACCUGUCGGUGGUGCCCCAGGAGGUCCUCCGCCGCCUCCACCUCCUGCUGGAGAUGCGCCGGCUAUUCCCAAGGCAGCGGUCCCUGAUGCUGGAGCUGGGAGAGGGGCGCUGUUAGCUAGUAUUCAGGCCGGGAAAGGGUUGAGGAAGGUAGAGACCAAGGAUCGGAGCGCGGCCUCAGUUUCGGGCAGGGUUCUUUGA